GCGACGCGCCUGGCUCGCCGCAGAGACCGCUGGGAGGACAGGGGCGGUCACGAGGAGGAGCGCCGCGCAUGCCCCAUGGCACGCGCCCGCGUCCUGAUCUGGGCCGUCUGCGCGCUGCGCCUGGCGCUGGCCACUGUCUACUUCCAGGAGGAAUUUCUGGACGGAGAGCGCUGGAGAAACCGAUGGGUGCAGUCCACCAAUGACUCCCAGUUUGGGCAUUUUAGAGUGUCGUCGGGGAAGUUUUAUGGUCACAAAGAGAAAGACAAAGGUCUGCAGACCACUCAGAAUGGCCGAUUCUACGCCAUCUCUGCACGCUUCAAACCGUUCAGCAACAAGGGGAAGACUCUAGUCAUUCAGUACACCGUGAAACACGAGCAGAAGAUGGACUGCGGCGGGGGCUACAUUAAGAUCUUUCCUGCAGACCUGGAUCAGAAGAACCUCAAUGGGAAAUCACAGUACUAUAUUAUGUUUGGACCUGACAUUUGUGGAUUUGAUAUCAAGAAAGUUCAUGUUAUUUUACAUUUCAAGAAUCAGUAUCAUUCAAACAAGAAAUCAAUCAGAUGUAAGGUUGAUGGCUUCACACACCUGUACGCUCUGGUUUUAAGACCAGACCUUUCUUACGAAGUGAAAGUUGACGGUCAGGCCAUCGAGUCCGGCAGCAUUGAAUACGACUGGAACUUGACCUCGUUUAGGAAAAUGGAAGAGUCUGCACCAGAGUCUAAGGAUUGGAAUCAGGCAAAGGACGCGAAAGCCCAGGACUGGGAGCAGCAUUUCCUGGACGCCAGCGCCAGCAAGCCCAGCGACUGGAACAGCGAGCUGGACGGGGACUGGCAGGCGUCCCUGCUCCAGAAGCCGCCCUACCAGGGCGGCCUGAAACCAGAGGGCAUCGACAAAGACAUCUGGCUUCACCGGAAGAUGAAGAACACCAACUACCUGACCCAGUAUGACCUCUCGGAAUUUGAGAACAUCGGCGCCAUCGGGCUGGAGCUCUGGCAGGUGAGAUCUGGAACCAUCUUUGAUAACUUCCUGAUCACAGACGAUGAAGAGUAUGCUGAGAAUUUUGCCAAGGCCACCUGGGGCGAAACCAAGGGUCCAGAGAGGGAGAUGGAUGCCAUACAAGCCAAGGAAGAAGUGAAAAAAGCCCGCGAGGAAGAUGAGGAACUCCUGGCAGGAAAGUUUCAUAUGCGUGAAAGUCAUUUCAAUAGAUAUUACAGGAGGGAUGAGCUUUAGUCAUCCCUAUUAUAAAGAUGACUGAUAAAAACCUUGUUUCUACUUUAAUCUGCA